UUCACAAUCGCAGCCAACUUCACUUCAACGCGUCGGUGUAAAAGAUUUCGGGCCAUUUAUUUAUUCGCAACGAAUGCGAAUAUUGUGGUUAAAUUGUGCGCGCACGGUGCUAUUAAACAUUGCGACUUGACUUUGGUGACAUUUUCAGCGCGAGUGUCAUUUGCCGGAGAGCGCGAUUUGGCAUUUAAUUCCCCGUAUUCUUUUUUUUUCGCAUCGCCAGCUUUUCAGCGGUGCGUUGGUGUGAGUGAGCGUGUGUUUCUGCCGCCAAUCCAAAGUUGAAGCGGAAAAAUGGAUGUGGCGAAGCUGGACAAGAUGAAGGUGGUGGACCUGCGAAACGAGCUCCAGUCGCGUGGUCUAGACACCAAGGGAGUCAAGGCAGUGCUCGUGGAGCGCCUCAGGGCAUAUGUGGAAGGAGGAGCCGGCGACGGAGAUAAUGCGCCGGUCACACCAAGCCGUCGUCAGCGUCGCACGCGCUCCAUGUCCCGCUCUCCAUCGCCGGUCCAAGCUGCUCCGGUGGCCGCAGAACCCGUGCUCGAUACUCUGGAAGAGGAAGAGCAGCCGGAGGAGAAGCGAGAACCCGAACCUGAACCCGAACAGGAACCCCAGCCGGGACUCGAACCCAGUGAGCCCGAGGAAGCUGAGCCGGAGGAGGCUGACCCAGUGGCGGAGGCAGAGGACACAUCCACAGACCAGGCGGCCAAUGAGGAGCCGGAGCCGGAAGCACAGGCCGUCGAGUCUGACGAGAAGUCAGAGGCGGGCGACAAGGAUGAGAUAGUCGAGAAGGAAACCUCACCCGCCGCAGCACCACAAGACGAAGUGGUCGAUGAACCAAUGGAGGAAGACGCUGCCCCAGAAGAGCAGGAAAAGGAGCAGACGCCAGCGAACGAGGAGAAGGAGGAUAAAGAAGCCGAAUCAACUGUGGCUGAGCAUCAGUCGAAUGGUGACAGCCAAAAAAUGGACGUGGACGAGGAGGAGUCGGCCGCCCCGAAAGCCGAAGGAGAUGCCGAGGCUGCUGCCAAGUCAGAGGAUCAGCCCCAGGAGCGCCGCAAGCGCUCGCACAGUCGUUCGCGCUCCCGCUCGCGCAGUGGCUCCCGCUCCCCCAAACAUCGCAGCAGCGUGGGCGACAAGCGGGACUCGAAGGCAGCCGCCGAAGAGCGCACAGUUCCCGAGGACGAGCCCACCAUCGAGGAGAACAAAGUGGGACUAAGCUGGCUGGAUUCCGACUUGCAUUUACGCAUCGAUCCGACCACUUUUGCCUCGGCUAAACCUCUUUCCUCGGAGAUUUACUCGCUGAUUUGGUCCGGAGCUCGCGCCAAUUUCGGAGUGCGCGAGGGCAAAGUGUGCUUUGAGGUGCGCCUGGCGGAGGAGUCGGUGCCGGAGAACUCACACUAUUUCCGCGACGAGCCGCAUGUGCGAGGUUUUCGCGUGGGCUUCUCCACGCCCAAGAGCUCCCUUUUGCUGGGCGAGGCCGAGCUUUCUUUUGGAUACUGCGAGACCGGGCGCAAGGCCAAUCAAGGCGAGUUUUCGGACUACGGCAAACCGUAUAAGCUGGAUGACGUGAUUGGCUGUUACUUGGAUCUGGAGAGUGAGCCGUGCACCAUUAAUUACACGCUCAACGGCGAGGAUCUCGGUGUAGCUUUCGAGUUUGAGAAGAGUACGCUGGGCGAAGAGGGAGCCCUGUUCCCGCACAUUGUAACCAAGGGCUACGAAUAUUCGGUGAAUUUCUCGGACACCGAGCAGCUGUUGGUAAAUGCCGAGAGGCCAACGCGCAAGCGCCGCAAGCCGCGCAAGGACGAAGAUAAGGACAAAGACGACGACAAGGAUGAUAACGAUGGCGAAAAGUGGAAGGUCUUGGACGAAGCCACAGCCGACGAUGAUGAGGUGGAGAAAAAGGAAGAGGACGGCAAGGAGUCUUCUGAGAAAGACGAAGAGGAAGGCGAGAAGCCAGAAAAAGCCAAAGAGGCUGAGUCGGCCCCGAAAGCCGAGACAGAUGCCGAAGCAGAAGUCGAGGCUUCUUCUGAAGCUGCUAAGCCAGAACCAGAGGCUACCGAGUCUUCGGAAACUGCUGAAACAUCUACUGAAGCCUCGGGAGAGACGGCAGCUGUGUCCAAUGGAGAUGCGUCUGCAGAGAAACCCAACGAUGAAAAACCAGCUGAGGAGAAGAAGCCCGCUGACGCCAAUGAGGAAGAGGAUGAGGACGGCCCGUCGCCCAACAAGCGGCCAAAGACCGAUGGCGAUUCUGAGAAAGCGGAGUCUGAGAAGGAAAAGGAGAAGUCGCAGACGACCGAGGAUGAGUAUGAGGAUGUUGAGCCCGAGCCCAGGGAUACCGCUGCUUUGCUAGAAGGCUAUGUACUGAUCGGUCUAGUGCCCGUCGAACAGUUGGUUCCCGGCCCUCAACGCGCCGCUUCUCGCAAGGAGUGCGAAGUCAUUCUGCUAGUCGGCUUGCCCGGCGCCGGCAAGACCCACUGGGCCCUGGCUCAUGUGGCUGAGAACGCCGACAAGCGUUACGAGUUCAUUGGACCCGAUUCGUUUAUUUCUAAGAUGACGAUCGAUGGCGCCUCCCGCAAGACUGUGCACAAAGGCCGUUGGGACAAGGUAUACGAGAUAUGCUUGAACAGCCUGGCGGCUCUGGAAGAUAUUGCCAUGAAACGGCGUCGCAAUUUCAUACUCGAUCAGGCAAAUGUAUAUGCCUCGGCCCAGCGACGUAAAAUGAAGGGUUUUAACGACUUCAAGCGCAUUGCGGUUGUUUGCAUACCCAGCGAAGAUGAAUUGAAACGUCGCAUCGCCGAAAAAGAGGAAAAGGGAAAUGCUUUUACAGUUAAAGAAUCAACAAUUAAUAACUUACGAGCCAACUUCACACUUCCCUCGCUGGAGUUUGGCUGGUUCGAUGACAUAAACUACACGGAGCUCACCGGAGACGAGGCCAAGAGCGAGGUCAAGAAGUACAACGAGAAGGGAAAGAAGGCCAUCGAUGCGGAGAGGUCCCGGGACAAGAGAUCUCGCGGAGGUCGCGACAACUAUCGUCGUGAUGACCGCAACCGGAAUCGAUACAACGAUGACCGACGACGCGACUACGGUGGCCAGCGGCACGAAAGUAGGUGGAGCGAUUCGCGGCGUGGAGGCGGCGGCGGCGGCGGCUACUCCAGCAAUAGUGGAGGCGGAGGAGGCGGCAGCCGUGCGUACGACAAUCGCCGCAGCUACAACAGCGGCGGAAGCGGCGGUGGCCAGCAGAAUUGGGUGCAAAACAGUCGCCGUAGCGGCUACGAUGACCGCGGCUACGGCGGCGGUGGAAGCGGCAGUCGUGGCUACGAUAAUCGCAACCGUGGAUACGGAGGAGGCAGCGGAGGAGGCGGCGGCGGUGGUGGUGGUCAGCAAAACUGGAUGCAGAACAAUCGCCGAAGCGGUUAUGACGAUCGCGGCUACGGAAGCUCGCGUGACUACCGCGAUCGAGACCGUGGCAACGACCGCAGUCGAAUGGGAAGUAAUGACCGCAACAGGGGCAGCAGCCAGAGCAGCUAUCGCUCGGGGGGCGGUACUCAUCAACAACGGGAUUUUCGGCCUGGCCACCGCGACACCAAAGAAGAUAGUCGCGGUGGCUAUGAGCGGUCGGCUGGUCAAGCGCUGCCCAAGUACGGCAAUAACGCCGGUGUCGGCGGUGGCUACGAUCAGUACAAGCAGCAGGCGGGUGGAACACCUGGCGGAGGCAAGGCCUCCCUAAGCGGCAAGUGGAGCACAUACACCCAACACCAUCAGCAGCAGCAGGCGCCGCAGCAUCAAACUGGCGUCUGGCAGACUCAGCAGCCGGCACAACAGUACCAACAGCCUCAGCAGGCGGCGGCUGGCCAACAACAAUAUUGGGCCUAUAAUCAAAUGCAGGGUGAGUACAGCAUUGCGCGAUUCUUAAGUGCAACAACUAACAGUAUUUUGCCCACAGGUUAUGGCAACCAACAGGCCUGGCAGAGUGCCGAUCCGCAGCAGCAACAGCAGUGGAUGUCCUGGUGGCAGCAACAGCAACAGGGUUCUGGCGGAGCAGCGGCCGGUAAUGCCAGUGGCGGAGCAGGCGUCAAUGUCGGAGGCGCCGCUGGGAAUAAUGAUGGCGGUGCCACCAAUCAUUAUUGGUCUCAAUAUUCGUACUCCACACAGUCCAAUGCGGGCGCCGACAAGAAGUAGAGGGCAUUGCGCCACCCUGUUCCACCAUCCAAGACCCAACCCGUCGUCUACAAUGUCGCGAAGGAGGAGGAAACCACAAAUCUGAACUAAACUUUAUAAAAUAGUUUUAAAAGAUUAACAAACAGUAAAACAAAAUUAACUUAGUUUAGCCUGUUUGGGCUAGUCCAAACCAAUCAACUACGAGGUCUAUCCCUCAAUCAAAAUUCUUACCUAACCCACAGAAGGGGUGUGUACCAUGAAGACCUGCUAUUUCAUUAUAAAUUGAACCUGCAUUAAUGUUUCGCUUUUCAUUUUCCACAAAGCAUUUUCUCUUUGACAGUGACAAAGCAAUUGAAUGAAACUCGGUCUUUAAUCUGGCACUACGUAUCUAGGCAGUACAACUUGUUUUAACGUUUUAUUAUCAUUAUUGUUUUAUUUUUACAAUCAACGCAAACAAUUGAAAGAAAAGCAUUAGAGAAGAAACAUUAACAAAUAAAUCUAUACAUUAAAACAAA